CACCUCGUUCUGCAUCCACCACCUUUGUUAACCCUUCCCUCAUACGAGAACUUGCACUCACCGCCUCUCGUCAUCGAAGGCUCCGCUACCUUUGCACUACCUACUACACUUCUCCACAAUCGGCAUCACUUUGGGCACCAUGGCCACUCAGACUUCACCUUCUCUCGCCAACUUCAAUGCCUUCAUGGCUAAGGCUGUCGAUGCUCCCACAUGGGAGAUUUCCGAGACGAGCUCCAUCGGCGAAACCGCUGUUUCCGUAGAGCAGUGUGCCACCGACAAACACAACACCGCCUACUACAAGACCUAUCUCCCUCCAAAGGAAUCGUCACGCUUCUCCUUCGCGCAGAAGCCCGUCCCACGUUCCACGGCCAACGAGGUCUUCAAGUGGCCGCCUCCCCCCUCCCUCUCCCCUCCCUUCCAUUUCGACCCCUUCGCUGAUAGCGAAGAACUAGCCGUCACGCCCACUCACUCUGUCCCAACAUUGUACAAACCUAAAUACACCGUCUACGCCUCGCCUCCCCGUCGACAUGAGUGGGUGUCACUCACGUUGGUCGAUAGCACAUACACUGGUAUUGGUACCUGUCGUCUCGCGAGAAAAACUGUCGCAUAUCCAAGUGCAGUUGCACAUCCGCAGAUUACACAGAGAGAGCCAUCGUCACCAAAGAGGCCAACACCUCUUUCCUCUCUGGCUCACUCUGCGACACCUGCGGGUGCACAGUCGAGCGUGGACGCGACUCCGUCGCUCUAUGACGACGGUGACGACGACGAUUUCAUCCCCAAUAUGCUCCGGCUCCCGUGGCUGGAGUAUAAUCUCACCGAUAUUGGUGAGUUCACCCCGCCAUCCACUCCAUCGUCCACUCCCCCACUGUCACCUUCGACACUCGCAGACGACGAUGGCGACGACGGACCUGUACUGAAGAAGGGAGAAGGCUCGAGGGGGUGGCAGGAAGCAUGCCCUACUGCCCAUGACUUUAUAUCCCUCACGGGCUGGUGAAUCUUUUGUAGAACGCAUGGAAGAAAAGGCGAAGGAUAUUUUACUUACUUAGUGUCAGUUUUCUUUUUCUCGAAUCACUUUGUCAUGUACUAUAUAGUUCCGCGAAUGGCAAAUGCCUUUGUAUCGC